CGUCAGCCACCGUUUGCGUGAAGAUGCCCUAAUGCAAAAACAUGUCCUCCUCCUCCUUCCCCAAUUCCGCUUCACCAUUUCGCUCGACCCAACCCCAGUCCCUGAAACUGAAAUCGCUGGCUGCUGCGCACGAGCACCGCACCCCAGUCCCCCACCUCCACGCGAUGGCUCGGCGCCAGAGCCGCCGGAGACACGUCCUCCACCACUGCCACGGCCCGGCGGCACCUCAUUGCCGGAGACGUGUCUCCGUCCCCUCGGUCGAGGAGCUGCUGCUCCAGCGGAGCGAGCCCUACCGGUACCGGAAGAUACAGAGGUCGACGAAAUCGUCCGGGCGGGAGGGGCUUCGGCGGAGAUGCGGCGCCGGGCGCCGAGGAGUCUCCGGCGGCGGCGCGAGCGUCUUCCACCUCCCCAUGGAAUUGCCCUUCUCGCUCAUCUCAAAAAAAACUUUCCGCUUCUUCUUUCCCUCCUCCAUUGUCCGUUCGCGAACAGAAACACGAAGACGGCCGUAUCAAGAGCGAGCUCCGAUCAAGAUACACAGAAGAACACAUAAGAACGUUGGACCAACCUUCUCCCCCGCGAAGUAAAGGAAAGCUCCAAAGAACUGGAAAGAAGCGCAACGGCUUUCACUCCAAGAACGCCUGGCCUGCGCCACGGUGAAGCAACCUGCGGCGCCGUACAACCCAAGAACGCCUUGACAGGAAGAGAAGUGAGGAACUGAAGAGAAGGCUAAUCGAUCCUCUGCACAAUCCAUUGAUCGCCUUAUCUGCGUCUACUGAAACAGAACAAGUGAAGAACUGAAGAGAAGGCUAGGCAGACAAUCCUGAGCACACUUGUUUGAUCGUUGGCCUUAUCUACGUGUACUAAAACAGAACUGUGGUGAGGCCGUGAGGGACCAAGGGAUCCUGGUGCCAGUUCUCUGACCACCUCCUGUACGUGGGCUGAAACAGUGAACAUGCCAUCCCAGUUAGAAGAUUUUACCAAGACGGGUGUCCUUACACGGGCUUAUCCCCUUGUUGGUGAGUAUUGUCCACAUAAUCUUCAGGAUGGCUUUCUUGUUGAAGAAAGGAUAAAGAUUCUUGUUAAGACAAUGGCUAGAGAUUUGGAUACCCAUCAUCAGGAGGGUCAUUGCAUCUCAGCAUUUGAUCACAGAAAUAUUAGGAUCAAUGCGGCAGGCCAUGCACAGAUUAUCGGUGUCAUGCACACCGCAAAAACUAAAGAGAAUAUCAAGAAGAAUUACCUGGAUUUGCAUGAUGUGGUUGUCAAGACCAUUUUCAGGAAUUUCAGUUAUCAGCAACAGGUGCCAUCUGAAUGGCGUAUGCUGUUACUAUUAAUGAAAAGAGACUGCAUUGGCAACGAGUACCUAAUAUGCAACAAUGUUGCCCUGAUGCCUCUGGCGAUCAGAAUGCUAUUUUUCUACCUGUGUUACGAGCAUGUUACAUUUUCAAUGUGGAAGACCAAGGAAGAAAAGCAGAAACGGAUACUGCAGAAGCUGCCGUAUUUGAAAAACUGGCCUGAUCUCCUGAAAGGCAACUAUCUUCUUGAAGAAUCAUUUGAGCACCAGUAUCACGAUGUUACUACCCCGGAGGGAUUCUUCAAGUUUUACAGAGAUACAAACAAACACCGCAUGGACCGGUGCCACCUUAUUGAGUUAGUGGGAGCCUACACCGGGAAAGAAUUUGAAAAGAAUCUGCUGGUUCGAUACCCGCUCUAUUUAUUUAUUCUGCAAGAGGAACUACACAGGGAAAAAGAACUAGAGGAGCUAGAACCACACGUUCUGUUCUGAACUUUCUGUAGCAGUUAUGUCUGCUGACAACCUCUUCAGUUGUGUCAGUUACAGUCCAGAGACUCAGUGUGCUCAACCUCUUCAGUUGUGUCAGCUGCAUGUCCAGAGACUCAGUGUGCUCAACCUCUUCAGUUGUGUCAGCAACAUGUCCAGAGACUCAGUGUGCUCAACCUCUUCAGUUGUGUCAGCUACAUUUGUAGAGACUCAGUGUGCUCAACCUCUUCAGUUGUGUCAGCUACAUUUGUAGAGACUCAGUCUCUUCAAGCUCUCCAAUUAUGUCAUCUACAUUGUCCACUGACUCAGCGUGCUGAAGCUUUGCAAUUCUGUCAGCUACAUUGUCUACUGACGCAGUGUGCUCAAGCCCUGCAGAUCUGCUGACUGUUCGAACGGUGUCCAGUUAGAUUGCUGCUUAAAGAUCUUCAGAACUGAGCUUUGAUCAGAGACACCUGAAGCUUGUUGUCAUUCAGUUCUUUGAGAUGUGUACCUGUAGGUCUCUGAUUAGCAGCUGGACAAUCUCCUACAUGUUUUUUUUGCCCUUGUAGAGGUUGUAUAUGUGUUGGUGAACCAUGUGGUAGAUUCUAGGGCGAUUUUGAUGAGUAUCUACUGGAGUGCUGUCUGUUGUAGUAGUAGAACGCCUGGAACUAAUGAUGUGUCGCUGCAAAUUUGCGGUUUCAGUAGGUGGCUUGUUAUUGCAUCUUGUUCCUGGUACUUGUGAUCUUGUGAGAGGGGUUUGAUCAGAGUUAGUGGUUUCUGUGUGGAUGUCAGGAAUUGUGGGAGACUAAUAACUGAAUUGAGCCAUGUGAAUGAAACUGGGAGUAUGAUUGCUCACUGACCGGAAAAAAAAGCAGUUCUUCGUUUUCAUAUCUGUGGAUGUAUUCAGCAAGCUAUGGAUGAACUGUGUUCAGUAGUGCAGACAAAAAAAGUACUGAGACUUAGCGUCAUGGAAUAAACAGUGACCAAGAGCGCGAUGGUCCUUGUUGAAACAAUGGAUUGGAUUGGAGCUGCUUGCUGAGAUACCGUGCGUUGCGGAUUGUUCUGUACCAAAAAAGUACUCUGUUUUUUUUUUUGUGCUUGAAAGCGUAGUUUUAGAUGCUGAGAAAUAAGUUACUUUCCAGUUUCCAAGUAGCAGUUGUAACUGGGAGAGGUGUUGAGAUAUACUAUGAUUUAGUCGCUUGUACAACCGAGUGUACUAUCAGGCAUGAACAUUAGUGUUACAGCGUCAGACAAAUGGCAUUGUUCUAGGAUGAUAUAUUUAUUUUUCCGAAACAGAGGAAACACAGCCAACUACUCCAUAUAUCCUAA